UCCGGUGAGGAUGGCAUUACUCUCAGCUCUCGCGACAGAGAUCGUGAUCCCAGUUUGCGCCGUCGUCGGGAUCGCGUACUCCUACUCCCUGAUGCAGUGGUUCCUCGAGUCGCGCAAUAGCGACAAACUCGACCAUGAAGAGCAGGGCUUAACCAGCCAUAAGGCCUUUUAUGAUCAGACAAAGAGGGACGCCUCUAAAGGUUUGAAAGCUUUUCUGUUCACGGAGUGCCGGUAUGGUGGCGUUUUCAUGGUUGCUUUUGCGAUUCUAAUCUUCCUUUGCCUUGGCUCUGUUGAGAGCUUCAGCACCCAAAGCCAGCCUUGCAGGCUUGAUCCUUCAAACAUGUGCAAGCCUGCACUUGCCACAGCCGUUUUCAGUGCUGUUUCAUUCCUACUUGGUGCUUUCAUAUCAGUCCUCUCUGGUUUCCUUGGCAUGCAGAUUGCUCUCUAUGUUAAUGCCAGGACUGCCUUGGAAGAGAAGAAGGGCGUUGGAAAAGCUUUCUUUUCUGCGUUCAGGUCUGGUGCAGUGAUGGGAUUUCUUCUUGCUGCUAACGGUCUUCUCAUGCUCUAUAUUGCAAUCAAUCUGUUCAAUCUGUACUAUGGCAAUGAUUGGGAAGGCCUUUAUGAGGCGAUCGCCGGUUAUGGUCUUGGUGGAUCUUCCAUGGCUCUCUUUGGAAGAGCGGCUGGUGGAAUUUAUGCCAAGGCUGCUGAUGUUUGCGGUCAUCUGAUUAAAGAGACUUCGCAAGGUUACCCAGCAGAUGAUCGACAAUACACAGCUGUGAUUUCUUAUUAUGUUGGUGAUAUUGUCGGGGAUAUUGCUGGUACGGGGACUGAUCUUUUUGGCUCUUAUGCCGAAUCAUCCUGCGCUGCCCUUGUUGUUGCUUCCAUCUCUUCUUUCGGAGACAGUCACAACUUCACUGCUAUGUGUUAUCCCCUGCUUAUCAGCUCUAUGGGUAUUCUCGUUUGUUUGAUGACAACUCUCUUUAUGGCCGACUUCUCAAAAAUCAAGGAAGUGAAGGAAAUCAAGCCUGCAUUGAGGAAGCAACUUAUUAUUUCCACAAUUCUAAUGACUUUUGGAAUUGUUAUUGUUAGCUGGAUUGCUCUGCCCUCAUCAUUUACAGUUUACAACUUUGGGUCGCAGAAAGUUGUGAAGAACUGGCAGCUGUGCUUCUGUGUUGGUGUUGGUCUUUGGGCUGGGCCAAUUAUUGGGUUUGUCACUAAAUUACGCAGCAACGAUGAGAUCAGCCUUCUCCAGGAUUUUGCCGCUGACAAUGUUGGUUUUGGCCUUGCCUUUGUCAAUAUCCCAACUUUUGCUGCCAUUAGCAUUUUGUUGAGUUAUAGCAUUGCUUCCGUGUACGGAAUUGCUGUGGCUGCCGUUGGGAUGCAAAGUACCUUUGCCACCCGAUUGGCCAUAGAUGCUUACAGUCCCAUCAGCCACAAUGCUAAACGAAUUGCUAGGGCGGUUGACUGGAGAGCCCAUGACGAUUUACUGUCGUCAAGCAAUACUCCAGCUGCCAUUGGAAAGGGAUUCGCCAUUGAAUCAGCUUCCCUGGUGUCUAUCGCUCUGUUUGGUGCAUUUGCGAGUCGUGCAUCAAUUUCUCUUGUUGAUGUCCUGACGCCAAAAGUUUUCAUGGGUUUGAUCGUGGGCCCCAUGCUUCCUAAAUGGUUCUCUGCUAUGACCAUGAAAAGAGUGGGACCUGCAGCUUUGGAGAUGGCUAACGUGUUUUUUCGGCGGUCUGUGCUAACAAUUGAGAAACAUAAAUGGUUCAAAAUUUCCACUGAUGCACCUUUCAGGGGGAUGAUUCGACCUGGUGCCCUUGCCAUGCUUACACCACUUAUCGUCGGGACCUUCUUUGGAGUAGAGAUGCUAUCUGGUGUUUUGGCUGGCUCUAUUGGUUAUGUUGUUCGGAUUGCAAUUUCGGCAUCCGACACUGGUGGAGCAUGGGAGAAAGCGAAGAAGUAUAUUAGGGCUGGUGCUUCCGAGUACGCAAAGACCCAUUACCCUAAAGAAUCGAUGAUUCGCGAGGCAGUUGAUAAGGGAGAUACCAUUGGCGAUCCAUUGAAGGACACUUCAGGCCCGCCACUCAACAUCCUCAUCCAGCUAAUGGCAGUCGAGUCGCUUGUGUUUGCUCCCUUCUUUACUACUCACGGUGGUCUGCUCUUCAAGAUUUUCUAAGGGAGGGAACGGGCGACUUCCCCCUUGUAGCAACAGCAGCAGCAUCGUCAUCGACUCAAUUUGCUCUUAAACAUCUAUUUCCAUGUUGUUUGCACGAUCUAAUAAAUCUCUCUAGCUCCUCCA